AUGUCUUCUGCCGCCCAGGCAAGCGCCCCGCAACCCCAGCAGCAGCAGCAGCAGCAAGGGAGCCACAUUCCCACGCGCAGCAUCAUUCCGGCGUCGGUGAUGAACGUGGCCCAGUCCCGGGAGGCGUCCGGGCCCGCGCCCCCUUCCCUGGGCGCAGGACCCGUAAGCGGGGGGCUGCAAGCGCCCGGGCGCCCGGCUGUGGCGGCUGAGCCUGUGCGCCGUUCAGCACCGCCUGCAGCUUCGGUCGCCGGGGUGCCCGCUGCAGGUGCCUCUGGGGGCGGCGCGUUUAGGCAGCAGCCCCCCUCCGUGAGCGGUGGCCGGCAAAUGUCUGGCUCAUCAGAGAGGGCGACGACGGUGUUGCUUGGUGUCGGCCGGUCCCUGCAAACUCCACCCUCUCUUUGCCUGGCCACGCCCAAAUUGCGUCGUGAACGCAACACCGCCCUCGUUGGCUUCAGCACACGCCGUGGCACACCCCCACUCCUCGUACUGUUCUUCGGCGUCCUCGCACAAAAGUAA